CAAGACGGCCAUUUUAAAAACUCGCAGCUGAAGGUUUAGUGGACAGUUGAGAGUGACAGCUAGUGGAAAUACCAACUUUUGUAUAAAAGUUAAUAAGUAACACAAACCAUGGAAAAAACAAACAAACUGAGAAAAAGAAAAUUGGAGCCACCACGUAUGUCAGAAGAUGUGCCACACUGUGAGAGUCCAAGUAAAGUUUUCAAAAGUGACCAAACAGGUGUCUUUAUUCCUGGAAAUCAUGAAGCUGAGAUGUGCUAUGGAGGAGAAGCUGAUCUACACAAACAUGUUACUGGCUGUAAGAAGAAUCCAGGUCACAAAGGUUUUAUACCUCUUAAAGAUUUCAAAUCGAAUUGUCUCCCCUCACGUUACCAUGACGACAAGAUCGUGUCUAAGACAAUCAAAACAUUAGCAGCCCUAACUGUCCAGGUAAAGACCAAAUUCACCAGUCUAGAGAGACCAGAGUUUUACCCAGGCACUCAAGUUCCAUAUCCAUGUUAUAAUGACAGAGGAAGUCACGUGAUGAGGUUAGGGACGGGGAGGGUUUGGGAUGUGGACAAGUACACAGAGAGUGACGGUGACGAAAUUUGUCGUUGUGCCAAGUGUCACGUCUCUGCCACACCCAGCAAAGUGUGGGGGGAGGUUCGUGUAUUGACAGCUACACACGUAGUGUUUGAUGACAGUGAGGCGAGACAGACCAGGUGUGUUUUAGGUUUUGAUGACAAUAAAAGUCGAGUGGUCAGUCUUGAUGGCUGGGAGGUGGAGGGUGGGACAGACAUUGAAGGAGACGUAUGUGAGUUGACAUAUGUGACAUGUGAUUUAAAUUUGAUUGAUGAACUCGACAAGAUGUGUGGUUGCUUUUAUGAUCUACAUGAGGAAGUAAACGACAAAUAUAGGAGAUUUGAUGAUGUGGACAAUUUGACCGUUAUAGUGUCACAUCCUCAUGGCUGUCCUAAACAGGUCUCUGUAGGACAAUGGACACGCAAACGUGAGAGGGAAGAGAAACCGAUUACGUACACCAGGUACUGGUACACAACAUGUACAUGUCCAGGCUCCAGUGGAGCGACUGUCUUCAGGCUAGAUUAUGACAGGUUGUUGUACACUCCCCACAGUGGAUCAAACUCUGAAGGAAAUUAUAGUGGGGAGCAUGUGUGCUGAUGUAACUGUUAUUUCUCUCCCCUUGUCUACACUAUGUAAACAAACAAAAUGGCGCAACCUUUCCGUCAUUAAACUUUGUGCUAACACUUGCAUGGCUUUUAAAAUUGUUAUUACCUUUAAAUGAUUAAAACAAAUGUUUUGAUUGAUUUGAACCGUUUAACCGUUAUAAUUUGCAUGUACCAUACUGUAUUCUACGCAUUUUAAAUGUUUUAUGUUUUAAAUGUUUUCUCUGUAACAAAUGUCGGUGAAAUGGUUGUUCUAUGCUUUGCAACUUUACAUAUUAACCCUUUAUUUACGGAAUUAUGUUCUGAAUGAGAUUUUUACUUAAACAAUGUGUUACUAUAUUGCUUUUGGCACAUUCAAAGCAUAUAUCGAAGGAAAUUUCGUUUCAUAAAUUUUUAAUGACCCAAACAGAUAUUGGUACUUAUAAGUACCGUCAGUAAACUAGGACAUUUUUUUUCAAAAAAUUUUUUUUUACAAAACAGGAACAAACGAUACAAUUUAUUAACUAAUAACAUGGCAAUCAUUAUAACAAUCACUUUUUGUAAUUUUCACACAUAAAUACAGCACAAAAGUAUAUUUUGAGUACGAUUUUUACUGGAUUUUCUAUCGGAACACAUCUUAGACCUCAAACACAGCAAAAGUUGUCAACAUGUCAUGCUCCCUCAAUCUUGUCUGUGGUCUUUCUAGUGUUGCAACGGUUGCCGGAAUGAAUAUGCUUUUGCUGGAAGCUUCCAAUAACUAGUACAAUGAGCCGCAUAAACAAACAAAAGCCUAGUCAUUCAGCACACAACUACUAGAAAUACUAAUAUAAUUGUAGCCUACUAUAAUGUUAUGACAAGUCUACACUACAGUGCAAAGUUCAUAAAUAGAAGUGAGCUCAAUGUGUUUUGGAAGAAGUAGUGGAUUACUCUUUUCU